AUGCCAUCUUUUUCUUCUCCUUCUUCAAUUAAACAGAGUGUUUGGUUUGCCUACGAUCCACAAUGUGCAACAUAUCUUCGUGAAAAUUUAAGUAAAAUGUCACCAGGUGAUAUUUGGUGUGCAGAAUUUGAUUCAAGUAACAGUAGUAUUACUCCUCAAUUAACAUUGGAUAAAUAUCUCGGUGAUCCCGUUCGUCAAUUGACAUAUAAACAUUUUCCAACAGAAGAACCAAACAUUAAUGUUCCUGUAUACGAUAGUACAAAACCAGAAAUGAAUAAAAUUGAAUAUUUAGAAAAUUUUCUCUCAAAUCAAUGUUGGCGUAGUGCUAUUGAUUGGACAACAACCUAUUUUCAACAACAAAAACAACAACAAUCAGCAGAAUAUUAUCAUUUAUGGUUUAUACGAUUUGCUUGUCUAGUAAAAAUUCGUCAUUUUCAAACAGUUGAAACUGAAUUUGAAUCGUUUGGUAAUUUAUAUUCUCGUGCCUAUGUUAAUCAACAACACGGUGGUUCAAUUCUACCAUUUACCCUUCGUUUAUUGUAUGCUGAAAUGCCCUAUUACUCUGAUAAACCUCAUGAUUCAUUAGAUCGUUUAUUUCGUUUAUUAAUGAUGUGCAAUACAAUUAUAAGUGUAACAAAUGAUAAAAAACAAAUAAAUGAUCUAUGGUGUCAUAGACGUCUGAGAGUAUUAUAUUCAAUAUCAAAUUGUUAUGUUAUUAUGAAACGUAUUGAUUCUAUUGUUGAUAUAUUAGAGCAAAUAGCAAAAUCAGAUAAAAAAAAUCAACAUUUUAUUUAUCUAUUAAUAGCUCGUGUUUUAUUACAAUUUGGCGAUGAAAUAAAUGCCCAAAAAGCUAUGGAUGAAUCGAUUAAAUUGAACACUGAUGGUGAUGAUAAUCAAGAUUAUCAAUUACAAUUAUUGUUAACUAAAGGUCUAUUUGCAUUAUUUAGAAAUGAUUAUGAUCUAUGUAAUGAAACAUUUUUGGAUGUUUUAUUUCAAACAAUGAAUGUAAAAGAACAAACAAUAGCGACAAAUAAUAAUUGCGUAUGUUUAUUAUACAUGUCACAAAUGAAAGAAGCAUUAAGAUUAUUUGAAUUUUUAAUACAUCCACAACCGCCAAAACAAUUAGAAAAACAAACUAUUCAUGAAUCGGUUAUCUAUAAUAUAUGUACAAUUUACGAAUUAGAAUCAUUUCGAUUUUUACAAAAGAAAUGUGAAUUAUUGCAUUAUAUUCAUAAACAUGUACCAGAUGGAUUUCAAUUAUCAGCAUUAAAAUUGCAAACACAACCAACACAUUAA